AUGGCUGUUAAACGUUAUCCAUAUUCAAAUCCUCCCCACCAAUCCAAACCCUCCAGAAGAAAAAGUCCAAACCACACACACAGAUGACAGGCCAAAGAACAACAUAACAUGAAGAAAUAAAAGUGUAGAAUUUUUCUCUAGAUAUCUCAACUCUUGUUUGUCAUAUAUCACCAUUUCUUGAUCUCAUGGAAACAAUCCUAUCCCCUCACUCUUUCACUCCACUCUUUACAAACACCAAAACACUCAGUUCUCAAUCCUACAAGCCCAACAAGUCAAAUUCAUUAUAUUUCUCAAACCCCAUUUCUUGUUCAAUAAAAAAUGACCCUUUUAAGUCUUUGGCAACACCCACAAGUUUGUUUUCCAGUUUGCAAAAUGGUUUAGCAGCUUUAGCUAUCUCUCUGGCACUCAGUUUUAGCCCUGUUUUACCCUCAUUGGCUUCUGAGUUUGAUGUACUUAAUGAUGGGCCACCAAAGGAGACAUAUGUGGUUGAUGAUGCUGGAGUUCUUAACAGAGUUACCAAAUCUGAUUUGAAGAGGUUGUUGUCGGAUUUGGAGUCGAGAAAGAAUUUUCGGAUCAAUUUCAUUACUGUCCGCAAACUGACAAGCAAAGCUGAUGCUUUUGAGUACGCUGACCAAGUAUUAGAGCGAUGGUAUCCUAGCGUCGAAGAUGGGAAUAAUAAGGGUAUUGUUGUUCUGGUCACCAGUCAAAAAGAAGGUGCAGUGACAGGUGGCCCAGACUUUGUUAAGGCAGUUGGUGAUACAAUUCUUGAUGCCACCGUAUCAGAGAACCUUCCAGUACUAGCCGUGGAUGAGAAGUACAAUGAAGCAGUUUACAGUAGCGCUAAACGGCUAGUAGCUGCCAUUGAUGGGCUUCCAGACCCUGGUGGCCCUGCUCUUAAAGACAGCAAGCGAGAAUCCAAUUUCAAAACAAAGGAGGAGACUGAAGAGAAACGGGGACAAUUUAGUCUUGUUGUUGGAGGUCUGUUAGUGAUUGCUUUUGUUGUUCCAAUGGCGCAAUACUAUGCUUAUGUUUCUCGGAAGUAAUAUUUUUCGAAUUUAUGUUAUUGAUAACUACAUAUUGUAUAAAAUGCUGUACAAAUUUUAACAGUUUGUUGACACGGAACUGGGAUCCAGAUGAUAAACAUAGUUUUGGAUUUCAUGUGAGCUUAAGUUAUAUCAAGCUGCUUGUUUAUAUAUGGCCUUUUGUCUGUACUCUAAAACUAUUGAUGAAUGAUGAUUUCAAUUACUUUCCAGUGAA